AUGAGUAGCCGUGUGACAAAAAGCUAUGGUUUAAUCAAAUUGUUGAUGAAGCCUGGUGAUGGGAGUUUACGUUUCCCUCAGUUUCUCCGUUGUUUUCAGGCUGAUGGGUUCUCUGCGUUUCGCAGUUGCAACACGGUGAGGAACAGAUUCAUGUCUUCCUCCAUGGAUCCGAUGGCUGGAGAGGAAGCAAAAGGCGGUGUUGCACUGCUUCCGGCUGUUGAGGACAAGUACGGUGGCGUGAUGACGGAGAUGAGUCGUCCCAUGGAUCCUUCUGCCUUCUCUGCUCUUCUACGAUCAUCUCUCUCUAACUGGACUCUUCAGGGAAAAAAGGGAGUGUGGAUCAAAUUGCCGAGGCAGCUUAUUAGUCUUGCUGAAACUGCUGUUAAGGAGGGAUUCUGGUUUCAUCACGCAGAGAAAAACUACUUGAUGCUUGUGUAUUGGAUUCCAAAACAAGACCAUACUCUUCCUUCCAAUGCAUCUCACCGUGUUGGCAUAGCUGCCUUUGUCAUUAACCACAACAAAGAGGUGCUUGUUGUUCAAGAGAAGACAGGAAGAUUUAAAGGCCAAGGAAUAUGGAAGUUCCCCACCGGAGUAGUCAAUGAGGGAGAAUACAUCCAUGAUGGCUCAGUCAGAGAGGUGAAAGAAGAGACAGGAGUGGAUACAGAGUUUGUCCAAGUAUUGGCUUUCAGACAAACCCACAAAGCUUUCUUUGAAAAGUCAGAUCUGUUCUUUGUGUGCAUGUUAAAGCCUCUUUCUUUAGAGAUCAAUGCACAAGAGUCAGAGAUAGAGGCAGCUCAGUGGAUGCCAUGGGAGGAAUACAAAAAACAACCUUUCGUACAAAACCAUGAGCUAUUAAGGUAUAUGACAGACAUUUGCUCUGCUAAAACCAAUGGAGACUACGAAGGCUUCACUCCUCUCCCCGUCUCUGCACCUGAUCUACACGGCAACUUAUACUUCAACAACCGCGACCUCAGUUCCCACCAAUAA